ACAGCUUGGCGCCAAGGCACGGAGUUGACGUCAACGGAAUCAGUGUUAGGGGCCCCCAAGCAGAGUCUGGAAAAGGGGGAUGGGAUGUGGGUGUGAAGGGAUGCAGCCCCCCCAAAAGAAAUCGGGGUGAAUCAGAAAUACCUACUAAUGAUGCCCUAAUGCAAAACCUGAGAAGAGAGAGAGGGGAAAAGAACAAGCAUAUAUUUGUCUAAAAUCGGGAAAAGAGAAAACCCAUGAAAAAUCGAGGCAGAAACACAUACGUUGAGGUCUAACCACGAACGAUAAAGGUGGAAGAAAGGACUUUUCUGCCUGCAACACCCAAGCACUAAGCUAAUCUCUUUAAUAAACGAAGAACUAUUGGAAACCAACAAGGGAAAGACAAAAGCAAACCAAAAAAGGGGGCAAAAGAGACCGCAAGUCACAGGACAAUGCAAAUGGCUGGAAGAAUCUUGACCUGACUAUCUGCGUAGCGAAACGCCAACCUGAGCUACCGGGUGAAGGCGGUGUAUGGCAGCGCGCUGAAUCGCAUGUGGUCACCCACCAUUGCGUGAAUCCACUGCAUAGAAUAGCAAGAAAUUGCGAGGGGAGUAAGCAGGUAGAUUACCAAGCCUGCCUCGGAUAGAAGACAUUCCUAUAUCACCAGGAAAAAUAACGGGGAUAUCGCUGCCAUAAAGGACCUGGAUCGUAAUAGAUCCAAUGAAAUAAAACCCGUUGCUGAAGUUUGUAGAAACGAAAUGUGUACAGUGCCAUUUUCCUGAGGCUAUAUGACCUGUGAUACCAUAACAGGCUGAAGGCUCAAGCAAAUGAAAAUUCCAGCUGUUCCCUAUCAAGUCUGAGGCCGAAGACAUUUGCAGAGAUGUAAAACGAUGCUACCAGAAGAGAGCUUCAAUUGGAUCUUCAGCAGGUGAUGUCAUCUGGUCCAGGGGCUCUCUUGUCUUGCACUGUGGACAUUCAGCACUGGAGAAUUCUUUGCUUUUUUUGACAUUGGACUCCUGUUUUAGUGAAACCCAAGAGUCCCUAACCACCCGGAAGAACUAACAGUUUGUCCUUUUGUAAAUUUCGUGCUCUGCCAAGAGGUGGUGGCUCACACCUUUAACUCCAGCACUUGGGAGGCAGAGGCAGACAGAUCUCUGAAUUCAAGGCCAGCUCAGUCUACAAAGUGAAUUCUAGGACAGCCAGGGCUCUACAGGAAAAACCUCAUCUCAAAGGUUUGGUUUCCUGGGAGUUGAGCAUAGGAACUGUGCCUAGAAGAAAGUGCUGCAGCCACAAGCUGUGUUGUAGAUUCGUUUCCAUUUCUGAGUUAACAGCCUGCAGCAGGACCUUAAGCAGCCUUCUACAGCUGUGAUAUUCCUGAGUAGAAACCUGGGACUUGGGUCAGCGUCUGGAAUCUGCAAUCAGAAAGGCCAGCACUUCCGACUCGACGACUCAACCUCAUAUCGUUGGGACUGUCUCAUUUUCAUGAGACACUAGAGGUUGACCGAAGCUUCCAUUGUCUCAGCCCUACCAGUGAGAAGAGCAGAGGCACCAGAGGCCACCAGCACAGCAUUUUACUUCAUUUUACUUCUGAUUGUGCAUGUUUUUUUGUGAAGAAAGAAUGGCUCAUCUAAAGAUAAAUGGUUUGGUCCAGAUCCGCAGCACAAACAGGAGCAAGCACACCAGGGCAUCUCAGUGGAAAGAAGCAGUCAUCGAGAUAGUAGAAAGAAAACAGAAAGUUAACCUGGUGGUUUCCUUCAAAUGGGAAGAAAGGAGAAGGGUUUUUCAGCUGGGUGAUAAUGUUACAGGUGUAGUGGUUAGUGGUGAGCUGGGGCUGUACCAUCUGGAUUUAACUUUGAGAGACGACACAUCCUUGCUCAUCGACAAGUUAUCCGCUACAGAUGUUGAACAUUUGAAGUCAUUCCUGGAUUCGUCUACUCCAUGUGAAACCCAGCAACCCAUGGAGCCCAAUAAUAAUCAGGAUGAUUCUGAAAGCAGUGAUCCUCUUUGCAGGGAGCAGGAGGCGGCCUGUGGAUCCAUGAAUACCACUCCAGAAGGUGGGACAUCACUCUCCCGGAAGACGCCACUUUCUAUGUCAAAUAUCACAGGCAGCCAAAAGAGAGGAGAAAAACAAGGCAGAAAGAGGAAGACAGAACCAUCACCAUCAUCCAGUGUAGAAAUGAACAAGGACAUUCUCAAAGAAAAUACUCCUGAACAAAAAAGGAAAUCCAGGCGAUAUUACUCCAGGAAUAGAGGAGGCAAAGCAGAGAAAGCUGUGGCUUUAAGAGAACAAGAAAAGCGUAGCAAUUGGAAACUUGAACCUGCUUUCACCUCCAAGUCCUAUGGAAAAGCUACCCUAGAUGGCACUAUUCUUCCAAUCGCAACAUGCUCUGAUGACAGAGAUGUAUCAAUAUUUGGCCUGGAGAUCAUAACACAUAACGGAGUCCAGUCUCUUUCUGACCCUUACCUAAAUCAACUAAAACGUGAAGGCUUCCCUAAUUUGGGAAAUACUUGUUACAUGAAUUCCAUUUUACAGUCUGUCUUUGGGAUUCCAACCUUUGCAAAGGACUUACUCACUCAAGGUAUCCCGUGGGAGAAGGUUUCCUACGAUGACCUUAUCAUGCCCUUAAGCCAGCUUCUUGUCUUGAAAGACAUUCGGGAUGUAGAGAUCAAGGGAGAGUUACUCACUAAUGUGAAGAAGACCAUUUCCACAGUUGCCGACACAUUCUCGGGCAACGAUCAGAAUGAUGCCCAUGAGUUUUUAAGUCUGUGUUUAGACCAGCUGAAACUGAACAUGGAGAAAGUAAAUGCCAUGUGGAGUAUUGACAGGAAAAACCCAUAUGCUGCCACCAAAAGGUUUGUUUGUCCCGUUAGUGCUAAUUUUGAGUUUGAGCUACAUAGCUCCAUUAUCUGUGAAGGCUGUGGUGAGGCUACUCUCAAAUCCGAAGUGAGUAAUUACCUCUCCAUUGACCUGCACCACGGGACAAAAACACAUCCUCUGUCAAUUCAAAAGUCUUUUGAUCUUUUCUUCACACCAGAAAAAAUCGAGCAUAACUGUGAGAAAUGCAAGAACAAGAAUUCUGUUCUCAAGUACACAUUGAGGAGACUCCCCAGGGUCCUCAUUGUUCAUCUGAAACGCUACCAAGUUUCCACUGACUUGAUGCCGGUGAAGAGUGAGCAGCCAGUUGAGAUUUCUAAGUAUUUAAAUAUAACUUCCCAUUGCCAUGAAAACAAGAAGCUACCAUUUCCCUUGGUUAAUACACCCCCAAAUUUCCCUCAAGGACUGAUACCUGACUUCUUCUGCCACUCAAUAUCAUCUAAGAAGAUGACUUCAGAAUUCUGUGACCCCAUGGUUCUACAGGUUGGAUCCAGUAUAGAUGCUGAAAUACAAAGCUUCCAGAUAAUGUAUGAGGAUGAAGAUACAGAUGAGGAGCAGCAGCAGAGAGGCCUGGAAAGUGGCUCUAUGCUGGAGCCAGAACUAGUGAAGACAGAAAACAGGAUACUCAGACAAAAGACAUCACUAGCAACUGACUCAAUGAUGGGUGACGGAUACAGCUUCCUUCCUAUGCUCUGUGAGCCUCUGAGCAUUCAAGAUCCAGGUCUUGCAGAGAUGGGUCUUCAAGAGGUUCCAGAGAAUCCAGAAUUUAAGAACUAUGAGAAAAUUAACAUAUUUGGAAAGCCAGAUGGCCACACUAACAUUGAGUUGUCAAGACUCUACCAGAGUCAUGGAAGCCGAAUCAAGGGUUUGUUCCUACCGGCAUCACUUGCAAGUGUUAGCUCUCAGGAAGACCCAGAGAAGGACCUGAGUAGGUCCCCAGAAUUUCCGGAAGAUGACCCACAUUCCUUUGCAUUCAGCUCUGAUGAUUCCAAAGAUAUGGAGAUGGGAGAUGAUCUUCAGAAUUACAGGCUCGUCAGUGUUGUCAGCCACUUUGGGAGCUCCCCAAAUUCAGGCCAUUACGUAAGCGAUGUGUAUGACUUUCAAAGGAAAGCCUGGCUCCUUUACAGUGAUGUCCAAGUGUUCGAGAGUUCAGAUCCCUCCAUUCAAGAGAACAGGCUAAACAGCGGAUACAUUUUCUUUUACAUGCAUAAUGAAAUUUUUGAGGAACUGUUGAAAAAGGCAUCCGAGUGCAAGCUCUUUAGCACAUCUAAAGAGGAAAGGAGGGACAUAGAUUAUUUCUCAUCAUUGCUGAACGGCCUUACAUACAUCCUAGAAGAAUUCUAAAUCCUGCCUAAAACGAAGAAGAGUCACAUAGCUCAAGAUGAAAACUCUGCAAAAAACAAGGAACGGACAUAUCAGAACAGAAACAGGCCUUGCUGACGCAGGCUAGGCACCAUUAUUUCCUAUAAGGCUAAAUGGUGCUUUUCCUGUUUUGUGGUGGUUUUAAUUUAUUCACAGAUGUUAAUAAAAUCAUCAUUUUGAGAGUACCAUUUGUUAACGUAGUAGGGGAUCUGGGGAGAUGGUGCAGUAGUUGAGAGUGCAAACUUCACUUAUAGAGGACCCAAGCUUGAUCUCCUGAAGCCUAUGUUAGGUGUAAGUGCUUGUGCCCUUGGAGACAGGAGGCAUGAGAUAGCCUGGAAUGGGAUUACAAGUGAUAGCUGCCUAACUUAGGUGCUGGGAACUGAACUUAGGUCUUCUGCAAGGACAGUUUCCACUUUUAAACACUAAGCCAUCUCUUGGCUUUCAUUCUAAUUUUA